AUGGUUAGUGCUGAUGAACAUGUUGAUCUGAGACAAACGCUGCAAGUUCGAAAUGCUAUUCAAGAUCUUGAAAAUGCCAAUAUUGGGGAAAUUGGCUGGAUUUGUAAUCGUGGUAUUGCCGUCCUCAAGAAAAAUGAUGUUAAUAACAAUAAAACAGUCUGCUUUUGUCCACCAAGUUUGUAUGGUAAAUAUUGUCAAUAUUUCAGUGAUCGUAUAACCAUCAUUGUAAGCCUCAGUAAUAUUCCGCAACAAUUACUGGAGCAAAAAUCAAGUGUUACAAUUAAAAUAUUAUGUCUAUUAUUAAUAGAUGAAGACAUUCUCGAUUACCAUGACUUCCAUUUACCAUUAAUAUUAACAAAUGAUCAUGAUAAAAAAUUUCGAUUCAGUUUCGUUUAUUCACGUCCAAAAAUUACAUCGUCAAACUACAAACAAGAAUUAACAAAUGGCUUUGUAGCGAAUCUAAAAGAACCGGAGUACUUCUUACUGUAUAUUAUAUCGUCGAACACGUCAAAUAUGAAUUUAACAUCGGCGAUUCAUGUGACAAAUUACUGUACACAUACUCUAACAGUAUUUCAAAAAAAUCUCACCAAUAUUAACUAUUUAGCGUCCGGUAAAUAUGGCAGAGCUGAAUGUUCACGUUAUGAUAGUAAGGUCGAUGAAUGUAGUGGUGCUGAUCGAUGUCUUGCUGGUGGUCAAUGUGUGCAUGGUGAUCCGAAUGACCGAAACGAUUUUGUUUGCCUGUGUCCACCUUGUUAUUAUGGAAGUAUUUGUCAGCAUAAUACAAAAUUAUUUAGUUUUACUCUUGAAACACUAGUAACAAAGGAGCUAGUUUCACCAUCCAUCAUCGUGCAACGGCUAUUUUUUAGUAUAUUGCUUACUGUUUCAAUUAUCCUGCUUUUAAUUGGAUUUGCGAACAAUGUUUGUUGUUAUAUUACGUUCAAACGUAAAAAACCACUGCAAUUUGGCAUUGCACACUAUUUACUGGCGUCCAGUAUUAUUAAUCAACUUACCUUGCUGAUGUUACUACUAAAACUGAUGCACAUCAUACUGAGUACCAAAGGCUAUGUGGUACAUUAUCUGUUGAACACAGUAUUAUGUAAAUCGUUGAGUUAUCUGUUAUCAUGUUUCAGUCGUAUGAGUUAUUGGUUGACGGGAAUGGCGGCCAUUCAACGUCUUUAUGUUACAUGGAGUUUAACCGGUCAAUGGUUAAAAAGUCCUCGAAUUGCCAAACGUACCAUAUUCGUCAUUAUUUUCGGUGUUUUGGUAUGUAACGCCCAUGAAGCUAUCUUUUAUAAUUCAACUGAAGAUCCAAAAUAUUUAACAAGUGGUACAUGGUGUGUAACAUCUUACCCACCUCUCGUUUCCACAUUCAACCAAGUUAAUGUUGUUUUGAAUUAUACCGUGCCGUUCGUAAUUAACCUUCUGUCUACCACAACAAUAAUAGGUCUGAUUGCCCGUAAACGAGCUGCAGCUACCACUAGACGAAGCAAUCAGCUAACCCCUAAACCAUCAAAAUCCUGUUAUCGUGUUUAUAUUGAUUUGUUAAUUGAGAAUCAAGAAUUAAUUUUAGCACCCACGAUGACUAUGGUUCCACAACUGUUUAUGUUGCCACAAUUUAUUCUGUCACUUACUCUGGCAUGUCAAGAAUUCAAGGUCGAUUGGCAACGUUAUCUGUUGAUCAUUUCGUAUUUUAUUGCGUAUUUACCACAAGUUUUGUCAUAUAAACUCUAUAUUUCACCAUCAUCAUUUUACAAAAAUGAAUUUUAUUCUACGAAUCUUGGUAAGAAAUUAAAAGGAUGGUUAACAACCAAAAGAAUAGAUAAGGCGUAA